CUCUGACGAAGAAGGUGAAGUGAAAGAAGAGGAUAUCAACGAGGAAGGUGAUUCAAGCAAGUUACGCACACAUCCAUUAGUGUCUGUUUCUGUCAUUAACCCUGAUGAAAUCCCAGAUGUCCCAAAAAACAGAUUUUUAUAUCGUGCUGGGCCAGAGAAAGAUGAGGAAGGCCGUAUGGAGAGGGGCAGAGACAGGACAAGGGCUGCAGUUCGAGCUUACACAAAGAGCGGGCGCAAGGUUAAAGGGAGAGGAUCUUUGCGUUACCGUACACCUUCACGAUCAAGGAGUCGUUCUCGGAGUGUCACACCACCUCACUGGCGUCAGGCACAGCGGCGCACUAUCUCAUAUGAACAGCUGCAGAAGAGGAAAGAAGACAAAAUAAGAAGAGAAGAGGACCGUCAAGUACGGCAACAGGAAAGGGAACAGGAAAUUGAGGAGAGGAGGCGGAGGCGGGAGGAACGUCACCGAGAGAAUGAGGGCCAUGAUGGCAGGAAUCCAGAUGUGGGGAAUCGUCCUGACACUUUUGGUCGGGAUUUUGGAAGAGGAAACUGGCGAGAGAACCGUGACAAAAUGAGGAGAGGCUUUCGUGAUGGAAGAAAUCCUCAGGGUUGGCGCAAUGGGAGGGAAAGGACAAGAGGAGAACAGGACUGGCGUGAAGCGAGAGAAAGGACUCGCACAGAAGAUGACUGGCGUGAAGGAAGGAAUCGUGACCAAAGAGAUCGUGGAGAUGAUCAUGGUCACAGAGGGGAUCUGCGUGAGAAGCUACGAAACCAGCGUGAUAGAUUUGUUCCAGGCCAUGGGGAUUCUGGUGAAAACAACCAGUCUCAGAAAAGAGAAGAGCAGCCAGACGAAGAGACUGGGUCAAAAUCACAGAGAGAAGACAAGGAAAAACAAAGAAGCAAGGACAAACAAGAUGACUUGGAUGAAACUGCCUUGGAUUAUGAAGCUAUGGACAAUGAUGAUGAUGAUGAUGAUGAUGAUGAUGAUGGAGAAGGAGCUAAGAAGAGCAAUGGCACAGUGAAUGAAGAAGAACCCAAAAGCCAUGACCAAUCUUUCAUUUUAAAUGAAGGUGCGGCAGCUGGGAAAGAAGAAAAUAACACCGUAAAGGAGCAGAAGGAUGAAGCAAGUGAUCUUAAGAAGGGAAGCAGAGAUCGCAGUGGCAGGGCUCACUCUCAUGACCGAAGGGGCAGGGACCGCUCUAGGUCACGUGACAGACGGCAGGACAGGUUCCGAAGCAGGAGGGACCGCUCCAGGGAGAGGCAGAACAGGCCCCGUGACAGACGGGGACGUUCAAGGGAUAGAAACAACCGACGUGACCGGUCAAGGGACAGGUCACGUAAUAGGUCAAGGGACAGGUCACGAGACCGAUCCAGGGACAGGUCAAGAGACAGGUCAAGAGACAGGUCAAAGGACAGGUCGCGAGAUAAAAGAGAUAGGUCCCGCAGUAGAGAUAAGACCAACGAAAGAAGGAGAAAGUACUCUUCUGGAAGUGACAGCAGUGAUAGUGACUGAUGUAUUGGCAAGAGAUGGAGAGAAAGAAAUCAAUCAUAGAACACAUUUCACUUCGCUUGUAACAUUAUGUCCAAUUAAAUUUUGAAAAUAUCUUGGAUUACAAAAUUGAUAUAUAUAUUAAUUUUUUUUCAGUGUUAAGAAUUUCCAUUGUGAUAUGUGGAAUAUGGUAACUGUGAUUGAAUGAUUCGGUAAUGUUGAAUGUGGAUGUUACAUAUUACAACUGAAAUACAGGUGAUUACUAUUAAAAUUAAAAUGAAUAUUUACCUUGUUAGAUAUAUCUUCAGUAUAGAAAGCACAAUUUGACAUAAUGGAUGAUACAGAACCCACAAACACAUGAGCAAGAGUACACAAUUAGAUAUGAACUGCUUACAACAGAAGAAAGACUCUGAAAUGGUGAUGUGUGAACACUGGUGGAAUUUUUCCAUGACAGGAAGAAAAAAUAAUGUAAUGUUUUUAUGGUAAUUAUUAUUAUUGUGAUACUGUCUUUCCUACAGCUCAUUACUUUUUAUCAUAUAACAGAUUAAAGAAUUUUUUUACUACAGUAUUAUCACUUACUUUUUUACUGUUGUGACUGAUGUUUGUGCUUUUUGCUGCAUGUUUGAAGAUGUACCAGUGGCUUUAUUUUUUGUAUUGAUUGUAUGAAAUAUAUACAAAGAAUGAAAAAAAACAUUGAAUAAAAUUGUUAAAAUCACACACUGGUCAGAUGCUGUAAUAGCAUUAGAAAACCAACAAAGUGGAAUUGUGGGGAGUCAGGAACGUUCUAUUAAUAAAAAGGUAGCUUGUCCCUAAAUUUUGGGAUCAGACAGUUUUGAUAAUAGGGAAAUGUUCAUAAGGUAGUUUCUUUAAUAUAUAUAAAUUCUUUUAUAUCAAGCUGGGCAAACAUAGUUUUGUAGCAGUAGAUUUACCAAAUCAUUUAUGGCCCAGUAUCCACAUAUGUAUCAUAUAAGGUCAAGUAGUGUACUUUUUUUUUUUAGACCUUGGGAGAUAAUUGUGUGUAUUUGUCAAACUUUAGCAGAAAAUCAAGUAAAUGUGCUAUGAAUAUUGACUGACUCCUAAUAUAAAAUGUUAAUCCCUGAAAAAUAAAAGUGAAAGAUUA